AUGUCUGUUGGUAUCGUUUAUGGUGAUCAGUAUAGACGGCUGUGUUGUAGCUCACCUAAGUUUGGCGACAGAUACGCCUUGGUCAUGGAUUUAAUCAAUGCAUACAAACUCAUUCCAGAACUUUCUCGUGUGCCUCCCUUACAGUGGGAUUCACCUAGUCGCAUGUAUGAAGCAGUGACUACCUUUCACUCUAAAGAAUAUGUUGAUGCUCUUAAAAAAUUACAAAUGCUACACAUUGAGGAGAAAGAAUUGACUGCUGAUGACGAGUUACUUAUGGAUUCAUUUAGUCUGAAUUAUGACUGUCCUGGUUUUCCUAGUGUUUUUGAUUAUUCGUUAGCUGCUGUUCAAGGUAGUUUAGCUGCAGCUAAUGCUUUAAUCUGUCGUCAUUGUGAGGUCGUUAUCAACUGGGGCGGUGGGUGGCAUCAUGCCAAAAGAAGUGAAGCUUCUGGAUUUUGCUAUUUAAAUGAUGCCGUUUUGGCCGUCCAUCGACUGGUUUCAUCAACUCCAUCAGAAAUUUCACCCAACAGACAGACACGAGUAUUGUAUGUUGACCUUGAUCUUCAUCAUGGUGAUGGAGUAGAAGAAGCUUUUUGGUAUAGUCCUCGUGUAGUUACGUUUUCCGUACAUCAUGCCUCUCCUGGUUUCUUUCCCGGUACAGGAACCUGGAAUAUGGUCGAUAAUGAUAAACUACCAAUUUUCUUAAAUGGCGCUGGUCGUGGCAGAUUCUCAGCAUUCAAUUUGCCAUUAGAAGAAGGUAUCAAUGAUUUGGACUGGUCAAAUGCUAUUGGCCCUAUACUUGAUUCUCUUAACAUGGUUAUUCAACCAAAUUAUGUUGUAGUUCAAUGUGGAGCCGAUUGUUUAGCUACUGAUCCACAUCGAAUAUUUCAUUUAACUAAUUUUUAUCCUAGUUUCAAUUCAGAUUGCGACCCAGAAUGUAGUUUAAGUGGCUAUUUGUACGCUAUUAAGAAAAUUUUAUCAUGGAAAGUUCCAACUUUGGUACUUGGAGGUGGUGGCUAUAAUUUUCCGGAUACAGCCAGGCUAUGGACAAGAGUUACAGCUCUGACAAUUGAAGAAGUUAAGGGUAAAAAUGCUAAUAUGUUAUCUCGUUUUAGAGAAUUCAUGAAUAAUUCACUAGGUUCAUCAUCGAAGACUUAGUUCCAACUAAUCUGUCAUCUUGAUUCUUUAAUCUGCAGAAUUUUGUAAAUGUAUGAUUAGUUUGGUAUGUUCAAAUUCAGUUGUUUUUUGAACUUGAUGUUUCAUUAUCAAGGUGCGUGCUAUCACCAAUGUGACUUAACAGGAUAGUGAAGUAACUUGACUUCUCACCGAUAUUCUUUAUCAAAAUGUCUAUCUUAUUGUGGUGUAUGGGUAGCGAACUAUUGAGUUUCUUGUGACACGUAAUCAUAAUAUAGAGGAUACCACUGAUAUUUAUUUGUCUCAAUUAGAAAGCUUAAAAUUGCGUAUGCACUUUAAUGCACUUGUACGAAGCAGUGCUUAUCGUUGACAUGAGAUUUAUUCAAUUUCUUACUGUCCUUAUUGUAAAGAUUUAAAGCUUGGAUUUCAAAUAUUUUCACAUUUUUGUCGCUUCCCAGUGUUUUAUUUAUCGUAGUCAAGACUUAUGACAUCAGUCUAGAUGCCUACUUUGAUACGACAACCUUAUAAUGUAGCCUUUUUUCAAGGAAGACUAUGUAUAAAUUAGUGGGGUCAGUCAAUCAGCUACAACGUAGGACCAGGCA